AUGAAUAAAAGUGAAAUAAAGAACAAGAAAGAAAAGAAAGAAAAGAAAUUGGAAACAUGUGCUGAAAGUAAGGAUAAGAAGGAUAAAAAGGAUAAAAAGGAUAAAAAGGAUAAAAAGGACAAGAAGGACAAGAAGGAUAAAAAAGACAAGAAAGAGGAUAAAAAGAGAAAGCAUAAUGAAAGUGAAAAUGCUGAAGAACCUAUUGUUAAUAAAAAGAAUAAAGUCGAUAAAGAAUCUUCACAGAAUGCCGAACAAAAUUCUUCCAAAGACAAAGUAAAUAUAAAAUUAUUUUCUUUAAACAUGAUUCCUCAAGAAGAAACUGUUACUGCAACUGGCUGGAAUAACUGGAAUAAGGCUUCUUUCGAUGGUGAUACUGCAAAGAAAGAUAAAUUUUUAAGAUUAUUAGGCGCAAAAAAAUCAAACAGUAACACUACUAAUGAAGCACCACAAAAGAAGAAAGGUGGAUUAUAUGGGUCUUUAAAGAGCGCCAUCGAUGAAGAUGAAAAACAACGCAUUAGUAGCGAUUUAGAAAAGCAAUUUCAACAUGGCUUACAGUUUAAAAAGCAAAUGCAAAUGGGUCGUAGAGGUGGAUUAGGUUUUAAUCAAUAG